AUGGGCACUGACCACCACUUUACCGUUGAAGAGGAAUUCUCCAAGCUCGAGCUCGUGCUGAACCAAGCGGCGGGCGACACUGCUGUCUGUCUCCGCUUGUUGAAGAAACAAUUGUCCGACUACGACCACCGCAAUGGCAACAUCUUUGCCCACUCGGCCCUGUCGUACUUGCGCAGCGACAUGCGCUCGGCCAAAGACACGGCCAUGCACCUGAAAAACGUGGCGCAUCAGAUCAGCCAUAGCCUCAAACCGUCCAAGGCCGAGCUCAUUGCUGCUCGCCAUGCGAUGAACUCGACGACCAGAGUCAUGGAAGCGUUGACGGCAACCGCUCGCAACUAUGACAAGGAGAACGGCCAGUCAAAGGGCAUCAAAGGCACGAUCGACGCGGUGCUGGGCGGUCGUCACGACAAGGACAAGCACGAAAAGCACUCGCUGUUCGGGAAAGAGACUGGCGCGGCCCACGGCAAGAACAUGGCACCGGAAGGAGGACUGUUUGGUGCAAAGAGAGAAGGCGACACGACGCACGGCGUGCUGCCUGGCGAGAAGGACGAGCACCACAGAGGGUUUGCUGCUGCUGCUGCUGAUAAGAAUGGCGGCGGCAUCAUGGGGACAACUGACACUGUGGAGGUGCUGGUGAAGAAGAACCUGCGUGACAAUUUCAACCUCAGUGCGCUGGAUCACCAGAUCUCGACGGCCGAGAAGGUGCUGUCGCCCUCGAUCGUAGAGCGUGCGAAGGAGGUGAUCCACGACGUCAAGGACAAGUUGACGGGCGACAAGACGAGUCCGACCCACGUUGACCACGUCCACGGCAGUCGUCACGCCACGCACCCAUCGGCGGUCCACUCGACCGCUAUGUGA